GAUGAGAUCUGGAGAAUGUGACAUGAUCUGGAACACUCAUAGGGAAAGAGAUAUCACUGCRGGGAUUACUUUACUGUUAAAAACAGUUACUGGAAUUGAUGGAAAUGCGCAAAGACACGCGCGGUUCUUUGGCACGCUGGGGACCGCCGCCCGGAAUGUAGAAGUGUYCGCUUUUAACCGAAGAAUUGGAUUGGAGAAACCACUGCUCAUUUGUGAUUUGCGGUUUUGAGGAUUACGAUUAUGAUUGAUAUCUUGUACUUGUUGUGCCUCAUACCUGUGUCAGGUGCGGUUACAGACCUGACGAUGAUCUCCAACGCCGAGGCCUCCACCCCUCAGCGCUUCUCCAUAUCUUGCCUCACUGGGGAGCGGGAUGCAGCAGAGUUAGACCUGGACAUCAAGAAGGACAACAGCAUUCUCAUCCUCCCCUCACCGUCCCGAUACAGCGUCAAGAGGCCCAAGACCAAGGAGGUGGUGGCCAAUGAGUUUGUUGGUAUAGUGGACCAGACGGGCAUCUUCUAUUGUCAUGCAUCAAAGGGAACUAGUCCUACUAGAAACCUGGUCACAGUUACUCUCAUCAACAACUACAGCAAAGGUCUUUUUGUCCCGGCCCACCUCACAGUGACGACUAACAGAGGGGACACAGUCCACCUGGCCAUGCAGGUCCUCAGCUCCCAGAGGAGAGAUGUCACCUGGAAGUACAAUGGAAACUAUUUCUACAUGACCCACUGGGGUGAUGUGUCCAACAGUACGACUGUGCUAACCUUUGAGGACGUGGCUCGUGCCCACGAGGGCAUCUACAGUGCAGGCUUCGUGGGAGACAGUCCCAUCAAUGGAGCCUGGAUGAGGCUGAUUGUCAGAGACUGUGCAAGUAAGAAGUGGGGUGCCGACUGUGACAAGGACUGUCCAGAGUGUCUCAAUGGAGGGGUGUGUCACGACAGUGACGGGGACUGUAUCUGUCCACCAGGGUUCAUGGGGAUGCGCUGUGAGACAGCCUGCAGAGAGGGGAUGUUUGGCCGUAACUGCCAGGAGUGGUGCAGGUCAGAGCUGGACUGUGUAGGGCUGAGGUUCUGCCUGGCUGACCCUUACGGAUGCUCCUGUGCCAGCGGGUGGUUUGGGAACCACUGCAACAAAUCCUGCCACAGGGAUAUGUACGGGGCAGACUGCAGCCUGAGCUGUAGGUGUAAGAACGGGGGAGUGUGUAACCGUUUCAGUGGAUGUCAGUGUCCCACUGGCUGGAGAGGACAGCACUGUGAGAAAUCAGACCGCGCCCCUCAGAUCUUGGACAUGGCCAGUAGUCUGGAGUGGAACCUUGACUCCAGCCCUGAGAUCCUGUGUUCGGCCACAGGCAACCCCCUGCCCAGCCACACCAGCAUCGAGCUGCGCAAACUGGACAGUUCUGUGCUCAAGGCGUCUCGCACCACCAUGGACUCCCAUAAGAGCACAGCCCAGUUUGAGAUCCCCCGUCUGUCCUUCGAGCAUGCUGGGUUAUGGGAGUGCAGGGUCUCCACCAAUGGGGGACAAGACUCCCGCAAGUUCAACCUCACUGUCAAAGAGCCGCCGUGCCCCAGCACYCCUCCCAAGCUGCUGGAGAAGAGGAGUAAGCAGCUGGUGGUGAUGCCUGUGGACUCCUACAGAGGAGACGGACCCAUCGACUCCACCAAGCUCCUCUACAAGCCCAUGGAGACUGGAGACUCCUGGUCCUCCAUCAUAGUGUACAGUAGAGAGCCUAUAACUCUGAUGAAUCUGAAGCCGUCUACACGCUACCACGUCCGUGUCCAGCUGACCCGUCCUGGGGAGGGAGGGGAGGGAACUCUGGGGCCUGAGGCCAUCAUGGAGACUGACUGUCCAGGUCCCUCCUCCCCUCGUAAUGUCCAGGCCCUGCCCCUGUCUGUGUCUGCGGUGCAGGUGAAGUGGCAGCCCCCUGAGGACCCUAACGGGGGCAUAGUGAAGUACAUCAUAGAGUACCAGCCAGUGGGUCAGGGCAGCCUGCACCCCUGGGUAGAUACUGACGAUGGCAACAAGACGGUUAAAGACGUGACUGCGCUUAACGGGAGUACUCUCUACCAGUUCAGAGUGAGAGCCUUCUCUAAAGUACCGGGGGAGUGGAGCAAGAUGGUCCAUGCCAGGACCCAGGGAGAUGGCUUCCAGGACUUCACUCCAACCACCCAGGGUGUGGGGGGGCGUCCAGGCAGCGAGGGCUACCAGCUGGUGGUGGCGGUAGUGGGGUCUGUGACGGUCACCUGUGUCACCAUCCUGCUGGCCCUGCUGGCCCUCUUCUGCAUCCGCAAGACCCUGCUCAACCGCAGACGCAGCUUCACCUACCAGUCUGGAUCGGGAGAGGAGACCAUCCUGCAGUUUAACUCUGGGACCCUGACCCUGACRAGGAGACCCAAGCCUGCCGCCGAGUCCCUCACCUACCCCAUCCUGGARUGGGAUGACAUCAAGUUCGAGGACGUCAUCGGAGAGGGCAACUUCGGCCAGGUCAUCAAGGCCAUGAUCAAGAAGGAUGGGGCCAAGAUGAGCGCUGCUAUCAAGAUGCUGAAAGAGUUUGCCUCUGAGAAUGACCACCGGGACUUUGCAGGAGAGCUGGAGGUCUUGUGUAAACUGGGCCAGCAUCCCAACAUCAUCAACCUCAUAGGAGCCUGUGAAAACAGGGUCGCUUACACACGGCGGACUCAGGGUCCGCGGAAGCGGAGAAAGAUGCGGCCGCCAAGGACGGCCCGUCCCAAGCACACGGGACAACGCUCGGAGUCCGGCACGAAACACACGGCACACGGGACAGAGGGGAUGGGACACCCGUGGGAGCCGACUAAAAGCAUAGCUACGGCAGACCAGGGCCAAGAACCCACGGGCGAAACUACCGCCAAAGGGAAUAGAGAAAACGGUAGGCAGCAGCAGGCCGACGGCAGACGGCAACGCGAAGAGAGCGAUAGACUGCAAAGGCCCCAAUCAACGAGGAGAACGGGGGGCCCAUUAAUAGGGGCAAGGGACGCCAAAGAUGCCACACCGAAGACACAGGAGGAGUUCAUCCACAGAGAUCUGGCAGCGAGGAACGUUCUAGUGGGAGACAACCUGGUCGCUAAGAUAGCAGACUUCGGUCUGUCCAGAGGAGAGGAGGUCUAUGUCAAGAAGACCAUGGGGAGGUUGCCUGUGCGUUGGAUGGCGAUAGAGUCCCUAAACUACAGUGUGUACACCACCAAGAGUGACGUAUGGUCUUUCGGUGUACUUCUAUGGGAGAUAGUGAGUUUAGGUGGUACUCCUUACUGUGGGAUGACCUGUGCCGAGCUUUACGAGAAGCUCCCUCAGGGCUACAGGAUGGAACAGCCCAGGAAUUGUGACGACGAAGUGUAUGAGUUGAUGAGGCAGUGCUGGAGAGACCGGCCCUAUGAGAGACCUCCGUUCUCCCAGAUCUCUGUACAGCUCAACAGAAUGCAGGAGGCCAGGAAGGCCUACGUGAACAUGGCGCUCUUCGAGAACUUCACCUAUGCUGGGAUAGACGCCACGGCCGAGGAGGCCUGACUUCCAGCCCCCCCAGACCCCGACAGGUCUCGUAGCCCACAGGAGAGGCCCCGAGGCUGGGCACCGCGUUACUGCCGCCCCCCUGCUGCGGCCCAACGUGGGGACAGGUGGAACAACAGACGAUCCACCCGGACCACUAGGCUAUAGAGGGAGGACUGUGAAAGGACACUGUCGAGGUCUGAUGGGGGGACUGGUUGGGAUUGGUUAGGGAGUUGUAACACUGGACUUGGGACACACCUCUGUGCUUGUUUGAAGGAAAGUAUGGAAGAGGAAGGUGCUACAUCACAUGAUACUACACUGCCAGAGUCACAUGAUACUACACUGCCAGAGUCACAUGAUACUACACUGCCAGAGUCACAUGAUACUACACUGCC